UGCCGCCGUAGCAGUGCCUGCCCUUCACGUCCGUCCACAUCCCGCUCGGCUCGACUCCCAAGCACAGCAGCAACGAUGGCCCUGCUCAAGUCCAACAAGGUGUUUCUCUGUCUGGGAAACAUCACUCCAUCCCUCGGGACUCUGUCCUGCCGGAACAGCUCAUGGUGGGGCGGAGUGCAGAUGGGUCCCCCCGAUCCCAUCCUGGGGGUGACUGAGGCCUUCAAGAGGGAUACCAACCCCAAGAAGAUGAACCUGGGGGUGGGAGCCUACAGGGAUGACCAGGGCAAGCCCUACGUGCUCAACUGUGUCCGCAAGGCUGAGACUUUGAUUGCAGCCAAACAGCUGGAUAAGGAGUAUCUUCCCAUUGGUGGUUUGGGGGACUUUUCCAAGGCUUGUGCCCAACUCGCAUUUGGUGCUGAUAAUGAGGUCUUGAAGAGCAACAGGAGCAUCACCGUCCAGACCAUCUCAGGAACGGGAUCUCUGCGCAUUGGAGCCAACUUUCUGUCUCGAUUCCAUGGUGGUCCUCUUGACGUGUACCUGCCCAAACCCUCCUGGGGCAACCACACCCCCAUUUUCAGAGACGCUGGCAUGCAGCUCAAAGCGUACAGAUACUACGAGCCCUCCACCUGUGGCUUUGACUUCAAAGGAGCUCUCGAGGACAUCUCUAAAAUCCCAGAGCAGAGUGUGAUCUUGUUGCAUGCUUGCGCCCACAACCCCACUGGUGUAGACCCCAAACCCGAGCAGUGGAAAGAGAUUGCUGAGAUUGUGAAGAAAAGGAACCUGCUCGUGUUCUUCGACAUGGCUUACCAGGGCUUCGCCAGCGGAGACAUUGAUCGUGAUGCCUGGGCUGUGCGCUACUUCAUCGAACAGGGCCACAACGUCGUGCUGUCCCAGUCCUUUGCAAAGAACAUGGGUCUCUAUGGUGAGCGUGUGGGAGGCUUCACUGUGGUGUGUAAGGACACAGAUGAGGCAAAGAGAGUGGAGUCUCAGCUGAAGAUCCUCAUCAGACCCAUUUAUUCCAACCCCCCAAUGAAUGGUGCCAGAAUCGCCGCUACUAUUCUCAACACACCAGAAUUGCGCUCCAUAUGGCUGGAGGAGGUCCAUGGUAUGGCCAAUCGCAUCAUUAAGAUGAGAGAGCAGCUGGUGGCCGGUCUGAAAAAGGAGGGCUCCAGCCACAACUGGCAGCAUGUCAUUGACCAGAUUGGGAUGUUCUGUUUCACAGGACUCAAACCUGAUCAGGUUGAACGUCUGACAAAGGAGUUUUCUGUGUACAUGACCAAGGAUGGCAGAAUUUCCAUGGCAGGUGUGACCUCUGGGAACGUAGGAUACCUGGCACAGGGAAUCCACGCUGUCACCAAGUAGAGUGGAUCCUGCCGGGAGAGCUACAAAAUCAAAGCAGCAUUGUCUAAGAGGAACCUUAUGCAUCACUUGGUCUCCGUCUGCUCCAUUCCACCUGUAGGAAAAAAAAAAGCUCGAUAUUUAGUUAGACAUUUUCUUGAUUGGAUUUCAUCAUGACUUUGACCCAGUUGGAGCGAUUGCUGCUGUUUAAAACGGUUUAGAUUCUUGUUACCUUUUAAAAAAAAAAAAAAAAAUCUCACUGAACAGGCUCCCCUACCAAAAUGUUUUCUCCCUCUACUGACUGAGUAUUUGUCUCAUCUUUGCUUAUUUAUUAUCUGGAAAAAAAACUGUCAGCUGCUGUUUAUCUGCUGUGGGCCGACUCACUAUAUAACACAAAGGAGCAAACGGUGAUGUUAGACUGUGUGUUAGUUGAGUCCUUUCAUUCUUAAUUUCAAUGGUGGAGUUGUAGCACUUUAUAAGUGGUGAGGCACUGUUUUGAGUUUCAAGAUUAGGCUGGCACUCUUUUUAUCUUCAGGCUUUAUUCUAAUAACAGGCAUUUGUCAAUCAGGUAAUCAGUUCACUAUCAGUGGUCAUUCACCUGAACUAAUCAAUCAUUCAGUAAUUUAGUCUCAGUAUUAUCUGUUGGAAAGUUUCCUGUCAAUCUCCCUUGUAUUCAGUAGUUUUCCAUGUGGGGGAGGGAGGGGUUUGGGUUUUUGUUUUGUUUUUUGGUUUCAGUCCUGUUGGUUGCAGAGCAGCAGUUUCUCAGUCAGACCUUUUAAAAUCUCAACACAAACAACAAACCAAUAGAGUUAAACUCAAUACAGAGAAACAAUCAAUAUGUAUACACCCAAAUCAAAUGCCCCAUUAUUUUAAUUUUUGUAAUGGAGGCUUUGUACUCCAUAUCGGUACAAAUUAAGACGAGUGGGGCACCUGAUUGGGGCACACAGAGGGCAGUUAAUGAAAGCACACAAUGCUAAAGGCAGGCGCUCAGACAUCAUUGUUCAGUGUGUAAGUCUGUUCAUUAAGACUGUGAAGCACUUAUGGCUUUUGGAAAUGUGCUCUAAUCAUGUUUCUGGAACUUGUGGCACUUCACCUCCAUGUUCUGCAUCCUGAAUAAAUAAUGGAUCAUCAGUCAUGUACGUUAUUGAACAAACAAUAAAUCAUUAUAGAGUAA